GCCAUGUUUACUGCAACUUUCCUAGAUGGGCAACUCGCUUACAAUGUCAAAUUAUGACAACAGAAAUCUCCUUGGAUGAUGAAACUUGGAGUUCUGUUACAGAACAAACCAUUCUUUUACACGAUGGCCUGAAAUAUGUAGCCAACGUCGUCAGUCCACCGGAAUUUCUUCCGAAACUUUUGUCAUUGGACUUGAUCGAUUCUGAUAUCGAGUUCCGGUUUGAUCCAACAUGGCUUGCAAAACUGUCUGAGACUUUGCGAACUACGUACUCCGUGGAGCACAGUCCAUAUCACUUAUUCUUUGACUUUAGACAGCGAAGUAUAACAACUCUUUGGAAAUUGCAGAAAAAGGUUUUGCAUAAUUCAUUCAAUGCUCAGCAAGGCAAUGGCGAAUCAUCGAUCCUUUCUCAGUCAGGGCAAAAUGUUUCUUUCACAUCUCACAUCAGUUUACUUUUACUGCUGCCACUUUUACAGUCCCAAACCAGAACUGAUCCGUCUCUUCCUGCUAGUUGUAUUGCUUUGUUAUUAAACUGUUUAAAAGAAUGCAGCCCAAAUUCACUGAGUUGCGAGCCAGUUUCAUGUAUUGAUGGAUUGAAGGAAUUGUUAUGCUCAUGGAUUGAAACUGAACACGUGAAGGAAAGCCCAUCAUCUGGAAAUGAUGCGAGUAUUUCAAUGAAAGAAGAUGUUAUUGCUGCAUUUGCUGCACUAGCUUGUGGAAGGAUGUCUCUCAAGACCUUCAUCGAACUCCUUUUCCUAUUACUAAAACACAGAACGUCAUUGCUCAACAUUUCUAUAGGCAAUGUACUUCACAAUUCUUUGAAGUUCUUAUCCACAGCCAAGUACGCUAAACCUUCAUUGCUCAGAACUUCACAUUUUAAAGCACAAUGGCCUUGUAAUCCAUUCCCUGACUUACCUGUACUUUCUAAAGUUGAUGAUAAAUGCCCCAGUAUUUCAUGCAGUGGAAAGUAUUUAUUUGUAACCAAUGGUUCUGAAAAAGGUCUGGCAAAAAUUGGAACUGGAAAAUAUGGAUCUUUUAGGGGAUUUGUGUACAAUAUCAACCUCUCUAUGGAAAAUGGAUGGGUAGCAUGGAAUAAUGACAAUCUGUUGUUUAGACCACAAUCCUUUGAUGCUCAAAGCAAGUCUUUUUGCCUUGUUUUGGACCCAUUCUCACUCCAGGUUAAGACUACUAUAGAAUUCAGUGAGUCAUUUGAAAGCCCUAAUAUGGAAGUAAAUACCAAGAUAAUGACCGUCCAGUUUACAAGUGAUGGUGUGCGUCUAUACUGGAUCUAUACCACUAGAACACAAGCAACAUCUCAACCCAAUSAAGAACCUUCAGAUUUUCAACUUUUUGUCAGGGAAUUCAAGAUUGAAACCAAGGAGAAAAAUAAUGAUAYCAACAUGAUGCCAAUAUAUGAGGCUGUUUCAGUCAGAUCUGCAGUAACUAUUUCUAUCAAGAAUUCUAAAGUGAAAGAUAAUCCAGUUCACUUCACUGACACURGCACAUCUUUAGCAGAUUGUGACUUAGGAUUGAMCCAUGACAGACUCCUUCAAACGCCAAUGUUUGUCAGCAGUAACAUGCUAGUGGUGGUAUCGCCUCACUCCCCGCCUUCCUGUGAUCCYAAGAUACAUGUCAUCAGAACCAAGAAAAAUCCCUUAAACUGUUGUUUCUCAUUGUUUGAUGGUCAACUUAUUUAUAAAGACAAUGUGAUAGACAGCUGUGGUGAUAAUGCAUGGCAAAGUUUUUUCAUACCAAGGCUGGGUAUUUGUUGUGACCCUUCCAACGGUCUUCURUGGACSUUUGGUCAUGGGAAAAUCCACGAAUGGAUCAACAGUGGAUAUCCAAGCCUAAACUCAGUUAURCAGCAAUUAGCCAUAACAGAUAUUGAUAUUUUCAAUACCAUUGACUUACUAAGUCCUACACAGGUCAUCUCUUUCGUUACGGCUCAAAUCAGUAUCCUUUCUAAAACAUUAGAYGCUCAUUUGARUKCCUCUCUCGCCGUCGACACGCCAUUUGAUGAUGCUUGUCUUAAACUGAUUUACGAUGUCCUUCAUCUUGCGAUAGUUGGCAAACAUCAAAAUACCAUUGUAAGUCUCCUACAGGCUCUUCAACCAUUUCUCAAGUUGACAGUCACAAAUGAUAUCAAACAAGAUUCACAGCUAGUGAAAGAUCUACGCUCGUUGGUCUGGAUGCUAGUUUGUUCAAGCUCCACGCRUAGCCAAAUUCGUCUUGAAGCCUGUAAAGCCUUUGUGUGUGGGUUACGUGUGUUUUACAGGGAGUCAAAGGAACAGAGUGCGCUGUURAUGGUCUUGCUGUCUGAGAAAGACUCGAGUGGCGUUUUAAUGCUCAGAGAAAUGCUUCUUCAUGAACUUGCUCUUCAGUUGAACACUGUYAAAUCGCGUGAUGCAUCGUGCAAACUAGCAUAUGAUGCAGUGAGUCGACUCAUUAAGACUUGCGUAGCGGAAUCAUCCAGAAAUAUCGCAUUAUGUUGCUCACUCGAUGAUGAAGAGUUUUCAGAGUUAACUGCAUCACAGCCAGACACUUCAGCCACAUUGACCUACAUCUCUAAUCUGGUAAUAAAAACCUGGAAAGAAUUGAUGUUGUCUGAGGACUGUAAUGCCGACGGAUCUUUGGCAGAGGUGUCUGAAUUCAUAUCCAAAAACGUUGAGUCCAUCAUGUUGGCCAAUAAGAUGUUCGAGGCAUGUCAAAAGCUUUUUGAAGACGUAUUCGAAGUUCUAAGCAAGUUACAAGUGAAGGAAAAAGAYAUACUAGCGUUSCGUCUCAAGGGUCUUGAGAAAGUUGUCAAAGCCACACCCAUAGGGCAAGUGCUUGUGUUCUUGAUGACUAUUCUUACUCAUUCAAAGUUCUGUAGUCUUCCAUUAGCGACUGGAUUGCUAUCAASGGUCACAUCUACAACUAUUGCUGCUACUAAGACUGCAAAGUUGUUCUGCCGUCUACAAKCAAGUGCAAMCCAGAACGGAGAAGAGUCUGAAAYCAACCAAUCACUAACGUCCUCCUUACCAGACCUCUCUAUUUGGACACGUUCGAAYAGGGUGGAAAGCAUUCAUCCAAUCCGUGACGACUACAAGUUUACUAAGACUGUAACCUUCAAAGGCGCGAAAUGUCUUUAUGUCAAGUUUGACCCGCGAUGUGCCACGCAAUAUGAAUACGAUAAGGUUAUCGUGUAUGCCAACACUAGUCCAAGCGGUAAGAAGGUUGGCGAGUACGGUGGUAAUUCAUAUGGAUAUGGAAGUAAAGGUGUUAUUAAUUUAGGCUGGCCUAAAGAUAUCAUAACCGUUGAAGGUGAAAGUGUUACCAUAAGCUUCCAGGUUAAAAGCACGCGUGAAAGAAACACUCCCGACCGAGCUGUCUGGGGAUUCGCUUGUACUGUAAGCUUAAAGAAAGACGAAGAACAAAGCGACGUCACUGUUCCAGUAUUAACAGAUGUUGCCCUUGGCUUACUGUAUCUUAGCUACAAACUUCUAAGUGUUCUCUACGAUGGACCGUUGUCAAUUGACGAAGAAAACAUCUGUAAACACUUACUAGAUUCUCAGUUACUACAAAGAUGCGUGUGGGAGAAAACUCAAGCUACACCUCUACAAGAUUCAGAAGCAUGUGGCAUCACCAUUACAGUUACACCUGACAAAUCAACCCAGCCCAGUCCYCAACCACGACAGAAACUAUCACCACAACUUAUCAAGCGCCUUCGUGACACGUCAGGUGUCCUCGCUCCAACUCUACGACCCAGCAUACAACAAGCAUURCAACCCUACGACAUCGAGGAGGUCAUACUGAGUGCUGUGAUAAGACACCUUGACAUGUCCGAUGUGAUUCAUGGAUUGGAGUUGCUACAAGUUGCAGACUUUGAGAGUAUUAAAUAUCAGCGACUAUGUGAAACGAUGAGRGGUGUGUUCAGAAGACUCGAUGGUAUUCUUCGUCAGUUUCAAGCAAUGACCGAGGUCGAACUGCGAUGGAGCCAGGAAGUAGACGAUAUAAGACAUGGUCUUCUGCAACCAAGCGCAGCUUUCUUCAAUGAAUAUCAUUUACAAGAGGUGAAGUCAAAAGAUUUAGAGCUMUUGUGCAACAUGAAGGGCAUCGAGUUUGAUCCAAUGGAGCAAGAACAGGUGGUUGGAAAGUUGAUAGAACUACUUGAUUCUGAUGCUAAAACAGAUAGUCUUAAGUAUGAUCCAGAGGACUUGCUUUCAAGGAUGCCUAAGACCAGAGAGAAGAGRCAUUUGUUGAUGGAAUGUAGUGAGUUGCUGUGCAGUGUUACCAUUAAGAACGAUUCCAAGAAAGAUGCUCCAGGACGAAGUAUAUCACAAGGCACAUUUAGUGCCAUGAAUUUAGACAACGCAAAUCUGAAAUCCGAGGAUAAGACGGCUCUGUUCUAUCGUUCCCUUUCAGCGCCCUCGCAACUUCACCGGUCUCUUUCCGUUCAGGAAGGAGCGAAGGAUCUGCGGCGACUCCAACGAUGGAGAAACGUUGUACAGAAAAARAACAAAUCCUCUGGCGUGACAUCCCAUCCCGAGGGGGCUGUACACAGUCUGGACUUUGGUACUAUMGUGGAUGACAUUUUUACUUUCAUUGGUAGUGACCGUGACAAAGUGAUAUCGUGUAACAGUUUUUUAACCGCAGCGAGAAUACGCAAUGAACGUGGUUUGUCACGCGURCAAGCKYUCCUCCACAUGCGUGACUUGGUUAACAUGUGUUGUGGCAUGCCUGGAAGUCUUCCUAAUCUUCUCCACACAGUGGCUUCGAUACUGUCGCAAGGGCCCAGAGUCGAUGAGCUCAAGUGUGGUGGAUUGGUGGAAGCUGUUCGAGCAGAAUUUAGCAAUGUUGUACAGUCGUUGUUACAACAGGCGUCYACUGAUCCUYUAGUCUACAGUAAUAGUAUCAUUACUUUAUCUGUUUGUCCGUUCUCAUGGAGAGAGGAGCGUUGCGUGAUUCGUAGUGGUGUGAUUGCGUUACUUGAUAAGCUGUGCGUUCUYGRRMGUGACAACCCAAUGGCGUCACACAAUCUAUCGUCAAUGGCUUGGGCUAGUUUCGAGGUUUUGUUGGAUCGAUUUGUCCAGUGGGAGAAAGAUCAGGACUAUCGUAGUGGGGCCAUAGAGUGGUCAGGCCUUGCCUACCAAGUCUCAUCUCUGAUAACUAACUACCUAAAUGAUGUGCUACAACGAAGUACUAGAAAUAAUCUGAAAACCAGAGAUGCCUUACAACACGUACUCAAACUACUGCAGAGCAUCGCUAAGAGCAAGAUGGGUGAAGCUAUUUUACAGCAAUCCUGUACAGUCUCGACACUGCUGGCYGUCCUUCUUGACUUCGAUUCUCCUCCUAAACUAGUAUUAGCCGUCCUGAGACUAUGCCACGUUGCCUUACCACUGAUGACAGAAGCCAGUUGUCAAGAACUUAAGUUUCCAGCAAAUAGCGAGAGUUACCUGGGCGAAGCAGACCUCAAACCUGUCGUAAAAGUUGCAAAACUACUACUGAUGAAGUUGGGCGAAUUUGUUCUUCCUUGCACGCCACUAGAGACGAAUGAUAAGRAUAAAGAGGAAGGAAAGGCAAAGAAGGAUAGUGAGGGAAGCUAUCUAGUGUAUGUGCACAAAAGAGUCAAUCAACCUGCACAUGAAGUCGUUCAGAAAAUUAUGAGUUYGUUAGGACAGCAAUUGGCCUCUGGGAUUGGCGAGGAGAUUAAUCGUGCCGUUCGCUUYGAUCAAGAGUUGACACAAAAUAACCAAGUGCUAGUUCUAAAUGAUUCACUGCGAGUUUGCCAGAGUAGAGCCUCUCAUCUUGCGAACGUGGGCCUGGUAACUAGCAUUKCUCCAGCCAAUCAUGAACUGGGAGCAUCAGAAGACGAAAAACAACUCAAKUCGAGUGAAGAGAUUUGCCAUUUGCGAAAUCGGAAGCUGGCUAGUGAAUCGUCCCGUCAGCCAUUUGUUAGUGGUCAAGUAUCGUUAGCUAUGGCGUCCGAAGUCAUCUCUCUKCUCCAGUCUCUCUUAUCGUCAUGUUAUUCUGACARCACCACGAAACUUUGGUCCACAGCAAUCAAGACUGUCAUCUCAGAUGCACUGAGCUUAGUGCCAUUAUUGAUAGACAACAUUGCRAACCGUGUAGAACAGUUGAUGCAGUAUUUGGCAUCAGAAAAUGGCGAUGAGAAUCUUCCUGAUAAGCAAGACGARAUGCUKACUUCUUCACGUCAUGUCAUGGCUGCAUUGUGUGUCUUGGGAGGAUUUCARCAAACMGUGUAUUCAGGAUGUAAAGCAAAGAUCACCGGGGAAGAUGUAGAGUUAGUCACGUGUGAAGUUACAAAUAUCAAUGAAUCACUGUGUACAGCGUCUGUAUUACCUGACAUGCGCGAUGGAGAAGUACAAAGUYCAUUUAAUGUGCCCUUGGCAAGACUUGAACUGAGAGACAAACAGAUUGUUUUGRUGGAUAAACUUGAUUUGGUAAACACCACACUKGAAGCACUUCACGAAAUCUUGAAAACACGAGAUGUCACGCUACCUUGCCCUAGUGCUACACACGAUGGUAACGUUGUACUUCUUCAAACAUCUGUUGCACGGCUACUGUGUGARAUGAAAACAAGAGCAAGUAUGGCUUUGGCAUGUCAAAUGAAGUCCCAAGCGUUCUCUAAUGUCUUCAAUGAACACCAUUCAAAUCCUAUGCAAACAAUCGAAACCCUCGCGAAUGACUGCGAUCCCGGACAACGUCUWUCCAUCGUCGAGUCACAUUGCCAGGAACUACGAAAGCUUUUCAAGGAUUUGAUUAAACCUUCAAAUGGCGGUCUUAAAGGAAAACUAAAAGAUGUAACUCUAGAUAUCACAAAGGAUUUUCCCCCAGUUCAGGGUGUGGUUAUGUCUGAGCGGUGUAAGGUGGCUCAUUUGGUUUACGAGGGGAGCAGUUUACAAAGUGUACCUCGUGGUUCGUAUAUAUACUCGACUGUUUCGAUACCAGUSAAGGCUCCUUCCUUCUAUUGGGAAGUAGAGGUGCUGUCUCUUGGAAACACAGCUGAAGACACUUACACGGCUGGUGGCUGCUCGCUUUCUAUUGGUCUUGCGCCCGCAGUUACACAUUCCCCUGAAAAGUGGUCUUCUCCAGUUGGCGCAUGCUUAAUACACGAUAAUGGAAUUGCUGUACAUUACAAGAGAGGUGGUUUCACGUCAUGGGAAACCAUAAAUACUGGCCUCGYUUUAAUGCAAGGUCACGUGCUAGGCUGUGGCUACACGAGGUCKGAWGACAAUGUAAGCACUGUGUACUUCACUCACAAUGGUCAGCRGUUACCUGGAUGCUUGAAUGACGUCAACGCAGGUCUUUGGCCAGUUGUUCACMUACAGAGAAAGAAUGUUAGAGUUCGCGUUAAUUUCGGAAACAGUCCCUUUAAAUAUGCCAAGGGAAGCAAGAUACGGCAAGCCGCUGACCUGGUUACUGAUUCAAUGGAAGAAAUUAGAAAUAUGCUKCAAGAGCUGCCUUUUUCCCAGGACAGCGAUGACGAAAUASAACGAGAACCACCGSUGACUAGUCAAGAGACGUCAAGUAGAACAAAGAAUAAACCUGAYCCGUUGAAAUUGGUGUCACAGAUCACAGAUUUUAGAGAAUAUGAUCCCAGCUCAUCUUUGAACUACCUUUUGUCAAGUACCUGUGAUAUCAUGACCGAUGUUGGCCCGUCAAGCCAUCUAAAAGAAGACGAUCGUCAAGUCGAAAGCCUGGAUCACAAGACUGCUAACCCUAGUGAUCUAUUAGUGAAGGCUUGGGAAGAAAAAGUGUUUCCUGUCAUUAGAAGACGAUUUCGAAAUGAAGCAGACAGGCGUUCUGGACUCGAACAAAUACGUGGUGCUCUACAAGCAGGKCUGAUGGAUAUAGCUAUCGCUACUUUAGAAGAUCUUUACGAGGAUUCAGGAGGAAUACCCAACAGCUUGACAAUGCCCCGCCUUGAGGAUGUCAAAGAAGAUGUCAAUAAAAUAUCUAUAAAUACAAUUAAACAAGGCAUGGCGGUCGUGAUUAUUGAUGAUGGCGAUGAUGCUUUGGUCCUUGCGCGAACUCUUUCACGUCACCUUCUUAAAGCUCCACACUGCAAUGGCAGCACGAUGCCAUCUUCUCUUCCCACACUAUCAUCUCCUCGACAAAGUCUGUCGCUAUCUCAGCUUCUUCCCAGCGUCAUAUUUUUCUCUAAACCACUCACUAUAACCAAAACAAUUCAUCAACUCCUCGAUUCAUCUUGUCUUUGUGGUGAAGAUGACAUGAUCAAGUUGACCAGUACUAUUUGCCAAGGUUUACGAGAACCCCAGAUCUAUCACCGUGAAUUUYUUGUUAGCCCAGACAACCUUGAAGAGGAGGUCUACUUCAGUGACGUAGCUGUURCUGUAGUGACGUGUCGGGUAAACCCCGCAGUGCACAAUGGUUGGAUGAACAGUAAAAACCCUUUAGUUACCGUUCUGUGUUACUACGGUGGACCCAUUCUAAGCAAGUCCAGUACAAAAGCUCGCUACAAGGCCGUGCAAUACCCCGUAGAGGAACCAGACAACCAAGAGAAAUUUCCUAGUAAAAUACUACCAACAAAUCGACUGCUGAUAAGACACGAGAGGCACUCAAUGGAUGGGCCUAUUGUCGACUUGCAUGGUCUCUCCCCUGAUGUUCUACUAGGUCUGGUCUACAUUGAGUCUCGCUACAAGGCCGUGCAAUACCCCGUAGAGGAACCAGACAACCAAGAGAAAUUUCCUAGUAAAAUACUACCAACAAAUCGACUGCUGAUAAGACACGAGAGGCACUCAAUGGAUGGGCCUAUUGUCGACUUGCAUGGUCUCUCCCCUGAUGUUCUACUAGGUCUGGUCUACAUUGAGUGUUUCAUAGAUAAGUUAAUCGAUGUUCUAAAGACUAGCGAACAAGAAGGUACUACAGAGAAAAGUGCCUAUCGUGCGGCAGUUUACACAGUCAUCGAGACUGCCUCAAAGUUUAUCCUUAAAACAGCUCUACCACCCGCUGUGAGGGAAAUUGUCUUCCAUCUCAUUGCGCAGCUUUUAAGGUUGAACCAUAAAUUAGAGUCCGCAUUGGAUAGCACACCGUCGCAAGCCUACACGACACAGCUGACCUUGAUACUCACACGCCUUGCGCCAUUGAAGACAGAGCUGCAGAAAUUACUCGAUAAGGAAGUUUCCGUGACAAACGUCUCUGCUCUCGAAUUUAUUCUCAAAGGGAAUUUUGAGAACGACAAGUUCACGUCUUACCUUCAGGCGUUGUUUGAUGUUGUGCUGGCCAUGGCGGAAGUGGCACCUUUGAUGAGGAGUCGAAGUGGAUCGAAACGACAAAGACAGGGAUCGUUAACGGAGGCGCUGCUACAGGGGGAGUUAGCCGAAGCCCAAGGUGAAGCAGUCGUUUCUCCUUUGUCGUUUACUUUUGCUUCGUUUGACUUCAAGAGUGACUCGGAAACUCCAACAGCCUCCCCAGUGACUUCCCCUAGUCAAAUGGUUCCACAUACACCACCAGGGAACACUAGGCCACGACGACGAGGUAGUCUUCGUAAGAGAAAGCGAGCUCAUGUACAGGAAGUGGUCUCUCCUACUGAAAGUAUGCCAUGGUUUGACGCGGUGGUGUCAGUGACUUUGUUACUACGGAACCUGUUAGAACGCGAUUCAAGAGGUAUAACUGUUGUACAAGAAAGUCUGUGUGCAGUGGUGAAUGCCAAAUCGUCCAGUGUGAUUCAACGUCUUCUUGUCAUCACUAACAUCCCUCAAACUAUGACUAAGCAUCAAGUAUUCGAUGUAUUUAAGAAAACUUGUAAACCAAGUGGGGGGAUAUUUGAAGAGCAGACUUACUUACCCGAAAUCCUUACAUCUGACACAACAGAGAAACAAGACGAGUCCAAUAAAGGAAACUGGGAAUCACUAACACAGCAUCUACCGAGUGCCAUGGCAAAUAAGCCGCGAAGAAUCCGCGGUCAUGCAGUCAUAGAGCUACGAAAUAGCAACCAACUGGAUUUAGCUCGUCAAGCAAUUGCUUCUAACAAAUCCCUGAGAGUAUCGUCGAAUGAACAUGAAAACAUUGUUGGUAUAGCUAAAGUAAACGCAGAUCUCUUGAUGGCUGGAACUAACGAACUAGAAGCAUUUGCUGUUUUCGAUGAGUUUUUGGCUGAUAAGCUGUACUGUAGCGAAGAGCUUAGGCCUAAUGCUUUAGAAGUAUUAGCGGAAGUYUUUGAUAGCUGUAGUUUCGCCUUAUCGCAACCAGAAUUAGUGAAAGAUCAAGCUCCACCAGACGUACUGUCGACACUUGAGGRUCCCUCACGGUCGAAACCACCUGAAACUACUAAUUCCACUGAUACKAAUGACGAGGCUAUUAAAUCUACAAAAAUGGGAACUAUCCACGAAGCUAUUGRCAAUGAAAGYAAAGGAGAAGUUCAGGCAUUGGCUCAUACUGUAAACCAAUCAAAAUCAUCRGAGACGGGCAAAAGCGAACARGAAACUUCGACGCAAUUCCUGGAAUACCAGGCCUACCCAGAAGUGAUAGCGAAAGAUCUAGAGAAUUCCCGCCUCACCCCUCCCCCAGAGGGUCUUACUGAAGAACAUAUAUGCACUCCAGUGACUAGCAAUCUUCUUUUGAUCUUCUUUCAAACAUUUUGUCAUGGMAAACAGACGAUUCAAGAUGUUGUUCGUCAAGUSAUACAUGAAUAUGGAAUGGAGGUUGGGGAUGACAAAGCCUCCUGUCUCACUGUAGAUGGAUUUAUUGAAUGGGUYAAGACUAAAGCAAUGGACAAUAUCCGAUCAGUAUGGAAAGCUCUUUUUGCCUGYGGAUACGAUCUUCAAUUUCAAAGGUGUACGUAUAUAUUYCCUAAGGAUAUUCUCGAGGAUCACAYCAACUGGUCAAUAGCUAAAGAYAAGAUUUUAGUCAACUUYAUCGACCACAAAUGUCGUGCGUUAUCAACAUCACCUUCUCGACUGAUGCCUGACGAGCUGCACGUGACCCACGCUGAUCUCGCAAAUCAACAGUAUGCGGAUUUACAAAAUCUCAGUUUACUAAGUAUACGGUCGCGUUUUGCGUUCUUAAAAUCUGUCAACCAAACCRUUGAACACGUCCUCCUUCCAYUGGCGGACCUACGUGUGACSAACACACACUCRCUAAGUACAGGUGCACUCUUAAAGAURGCMAGCGGUUUGAUGUUUUAUGACACGAAAAUGGCUUUCUUGAAUCGAACGCUUGAUCAUUCGAGUCAAAGAAAUUGCCCUAAUUCAUCACCUGAAUUAUCACUCGACCCUCUGGAAUCCCUUGAAGCGGAUAAAGYAUCUUCAUCAUCUCAGUUCAGUCAAGCAGCCCGUUACCUGUCAUCUGUCUCGUCUGCUGGUUUACGCGUCAAAGUCGCAUCUGGUGGUGACCCAACGUUCCCUCUGAGGGUACAACUACGUGGAGAGCAAGUCCUGGGAUCAGGUGGUUCGUUCCGUCAUUUCAUGUGGAUAAUGGCUCGUGAACUACAGUCUCAGCAUAUCAAUUUGUUGAUUCCCUGUCCCAGCACAGCGGCUAAUAAGAAUAAGGGAAUGCUUAUAUUAAAGCCUGGUGCCAUGAGUUACUCAGAGGAGAAGCUGCUAGUAUUCUUCGGUCAGCUUCUUGGUAUUGCUCUGCGUUCAGACAUCCCGUUUGCUGUUGAUCUGAUGCCAGUGUUUUGGAAAAGUCUACUAGAUCUUCCUCUUGAUCCUCAAACAGACUUGUACGAAACAGAUAUUCUCACCUACAACUAUAUCAGACGAUUCUCCGAGGUGGAAAGCAAAGAAGAAUUCAGUACGUUGUGUUUCGAGGCAGAUUUGUGUCCAUAUCGUUUUGUGUACACUUCUCUCAAUGGUCAAGAAGUUGAGCUGUGUCCUGGUGGUGAUAGCAGGCCUGUAACAUGGGAGAAUCAUCGAGAAUACGUGGACCUAAUACGAGAACUACGAUUAAAGGAGCUUGUCUGUCCAUCGCGUAUGGCCGCUGUUCGAUGUGGUUUCUAUUCAGUUGUUCCUAUUCACGAGCUGUGUAUUUUACAACCGUCAGACUUACAGAAAAGAACUUGUGGAAUACCAAACGUUGACCUGGACUUUCUCAAGGCUCAUACAACGUAUGUGGCAGGAGUAAAAGAAACAGAUCAACACAUUGAAUAUUUCUGGAAUGCAUUAGAGAGCUUUACUCAGGAUCAGCUCUGCAAGUUUGUCAAGUUUGCCUGUAAUCAAGAACGGCUUCCAAGUAUAUGUACAUGUCAGAAGGGUACCCCCAGCACCGCUGAUGUACACGUYCCCCCGUAUCCUAUGAAGAUUGGACCCCCUGAUGGAACAGGUCGGUCAGAUGCCAGAUAUAUCCGAGUAGAGACUUGUAUGUUUAUGGUUAAACUACCUCAAUACUCCACCCAAGAAAUCACCAGCCAAAAGCUUCUGUACGCUAUUAACUGCAGAGAAGACCCUUUGACCGACAUAUAAAGUAUGGACCUGUCUAGUAGUACAUUCUGGUAAUGGUUCAUAAAUAAUAUGACGACAUUUAAACAUGGAAAGAGUAUAGCGCAGUAAUGAAAAAUACUAAGGACGGAAUGAAAACUAUAACAAGCUAAUACAAUUUUUUUCUGUUUAUUCCAACAACAAUAAUAAUAAUUACAGUACAACUAGUUUAAAAUAUUUAAAUAGUUUAACGUAUUUUAACGGUAUUUUGCAGUGGAUAUACAAACAUGUUUCAGACCUAGCCGUGACGAGGCAACAAUGCUGGAUACCCGGCCGCCGAGCAACUAAAGUUGUUCCUAAUAUAUAACCGUAAAAUAUUUUAUUGUGUCUGCCUUYAAGUAUAGCUGUUAUGACGCAAUUACGCAGCAGUGAGUUGGACGUAGCUCUAAAAUGCAAUUAUGCAAUACAGUAAAACUCCGCGUAGAGGCUAAAAAUAUAAGAAAAUGUCAGUCUGAAAUUUUCAUAAUACAACUAGUAUAAGAAGCCAUUUCAGCUUGGAAUUUCAAAGUAGGCUCUCAAUUGAUUUCCAAAUACAAAGUCAACCUGUGUGCUUACCCUCUAUGAAAAAGUAUGAAUUAUUUGAUAUAAAAUGCCACAACCACUACACAAGCUCUCCUUUUUAAGAAAAAUUAAGAACCGAGAGAGCCUGAGAACGUGCUCAUGCAGGCUGACUUGGAAUAAUCUAGGUUAUUUAACGCCGGGGUUUACUGUAUACAAAAAGAAAUUAUUUGAAUUUUUCCUUUCAACUUUUCUGUCCAGUACCCGUUUUAUAUUUGAUAAUACUGAAUUCAGAGUAUUUCUUGUAGAAUUAUAUAUUUUAGCAAUGCAAUUUGACGACAUAUCUAUAAUGUUAUUGACAUGCCAUUAUGUCAACGAAUAUAUUUUUAUGACUGUACAGUAGUUUGAUUGUAAUAAAUGGAACAUGUUUYGAUAGUAGAGUGAAUAAACUGUUCAGCUACAAAA